UCUAACAUUCCUAGCUGUACUGCACAUCUUUAUCAGGUGGCAAAUUGGUUAAAAUUUGUUUUUAAAACUUAAAAAUGAUUACUAUUAGAAAGACUAAAUUUAAUGUUAAUUCUACUGAAGGUCGCCUCUUACUGUUGGUCUUGCUAAGUGAGAUAUCCACAUUAGUAUCAGGAUCUACAGGUGAUAGAACACAGUUUUUUCGUAAUUGUCGUGAGAACUGUGAGCGUACAAAUUGUUCAUUAAACGGAAAGGAAAUUCAAGAGCAAGCGGUGAAGUUCUACAAGCAAUCAAUUUUUGAUUUAAUCACACAAUGGACAUGUGCAGAUGAGUGUCAGUAUGCCUGCAUGUGGCGGACUGUAUUUGCAUUUUUUGAGAGGGGAUGGCCCAUUCCCCAAUUCUAUGGCAAAUGGCCUUUUUGUAGACUGAUGGGCAUGCAGGAGCCGGCUUCGGUUUUCUUUUCCUUGUUGAAUUUUCUCAUGCAUUUACGUAUGCUGAGGAAGUUUCGUAGAGAAGUACGUGAUGAUAGUCCUUGCUAUAUUCUAUGUCAUAUCUUUGGUUUGACUUCUCUAAAUGGCUGGAUAUGGUCUUCUAUAUUUCAUACGCGUGAUAACCCACUUACGGAACUACUUGACUACGCCUGUGGCUAUGCGGUUGUCCUGAGCUGUCUGUACUGCAUGAUUAUGAGAAUGCUGCAUCGGUAUUCGCUGUUUCUACGCGGUGUUAUUACUUUGGCUUUUGUUUCGUACUAUAUUAAUUACUUUGCCUAUUUAAGCCUGGGCAAGUUAAAUUAUUCCUUUAAUAUGAAAGUGAAUGUGUGCACUGGCUUGCUGUCCGCUGUGGGGUGGUUCAUUUGGUGUCACCAAGUAAGAACAAGGAGACCAUAUUUUCGACGUAUUCUACGCUUUUAUGUGUUGUUUGCCUUAGCCAUGAGCUUGGAAUUAUUUGAUUUUCCACCCAUAUUGUGGAUUCUAGAUGCACACGCUUUAUGGCAUUUGUCCACUAUUCCUCUAGUCUCUGUUUAUUAUAAUUUUAUGAUCGAGGACUGCUGCACUUUACGCAAAGAGAAAGCAUUAAAAGGUGACUACUCCUUAGCUUAUACAUAUAAUAAAAAUAUUUAAAUUUUUUUAUUCAUUAUUAAAACUACAUCUGCCCACAUUGUGAGAUAGUAA